UGUUUCAUUUAGGAACCACAACUGGAAAGACUUGAAAAGUUAUUCUGAUUUAAGAGCGCGCGCCGCGCGUGAGCGGCAAAGGGGCGUUUUAUUUUUAGACCACCGAGAAACAUGUCCGCCGUGGCCGGGACCGGUUAGUCUGCCGUUAGACAACCCAGUUUCACUUUUGGAUUGAGCGCAAGCCGGAGAGAUCUGGUAAGCGCACGCGGGCGUACUGGUGCGGGAUAAUCACAGCUGAUGGGAGUUAAUGAGGCGGACACGCGGCAGCACAAACUCAGACGGCGCGCGCGUGUCCAGUGAGGAGCAGCAGGAGCGGAGAGGAGGACCGGGAGCCGGUAAAUAGCGCAGUCACCGCCAUGGAGCCGGGCCAGAGCGCGCAGGGCGCAGACAUGGUCGGGGAGCAUUCUCCCGGCGUGUGCGUGCUGGAGCGCGUGGACGCGUGUAGCCCCGGUCCCCCGCCCAGGCAGCGCUCCCUGCGGGUGGUGUACGUGCUGAACGACGGGCUGAAGGCGGUGAUGGCCAGCAGCCCGGAGUCCGGCGCGCUGCACAGCCUGCAGCGCGCGUGCGACGCGGAGAGCGCGCUGCUCACCACCGUCACCUUCGGGAGGCUGGACUUCGGGGAGACGUCGGUGCUGGACACGUUCUACGAUGCAGACAUUGCAGUUGUGGACAUGAGCGAUGUGUUUCGGCAGCCUUCCCUGUUCUACCACCUGGGUGUGAGGGAAAGCUUUGACAUGGCCAACAACGUUAUCCUGUACCAUGACACUGACCCCGACACCGCUCAGUCUCUGAAGGACAUGGUGGCUCAGAAAAACACAGCAUCCAGCGGGAACUACUACUUCAUCCCCUACAUAGUGACCCCUAGCCACGAGUACAUGUGCUGUGAAAGUGAUGCUCAGCGCAGGGCCAGUGAGUACAUGCAGCCCAAUUGGGACAACCUGUUAGGACCACUGUGUGUUCCGCUCACCGACCGUUUCACCAGCCUCCUGAAGGACAUCCAUGUGACCUCCUGUGCAUCCUUUAAAGACACUUUGCUCAAUGACAUAAGAAAAGCCAGGGAGAAAUACCAGGGAGAGGAGCUGGCCAAGGAGCUGACCCGCAUAAAGCUGAGAAUGGACAACACCGAGGUCCUAACGCAGGAUAUCGUUAUGAACCUACUGUUUUCCUACAGAGACAUACAGGACUAUGAUGCCAUGGUCAAGCUAGUGCAGACUCUGGAGUUGUUGCCCACCUGCGACCUGGCCACCCAACCCAUGAUUCAGUUCCACUAUGCUUUUGCCCUCAACAGAAGGAACAGUCCUGGAGACAGAGAGCAGGCUCUGAAAGUCAUGCUCCAGGUACUGCCGUCAUGUGAACACCCAGCGCCAGACAUGUUCUGCCUCUGUGGACGGAUCUACAAGGACAUCUUCCUCGACUCGGACUGCAAAGACACAAUCAACAGAGACAACGCCAUACAGUGGUACAGGAAGGGAUUUGAGCUGCAACCCACCCUAUAUUCUGGCAUCAACCUGGCUGUUCUGCUCAUAGUCGCAGGACAACAGUUUGAGAACUCAAUGGAACUGAGAAAAAUAGGUGUCAGGUUGAACAGCCUGCUGGGCCGCAAAGGUUCUCUGGAGAAAAUGAACAACUACUGGGAUGUGGGGCAGUUCUUUACGGUUAGCAUGCUGGCCAGCGACAUCCCCAAAGCCACUCAGGCUGCUGAGAAGCUCUUCAAGCUGAAGCCACCUUUAUGGUAUUUGCGUUCUGUGGUGCAGAACCUGCAGUUAAUCCAGAGGUACAAGAAGCAGUCGAUGGAACAUUCUCCUCAGAGGGAGCGACUGGACUUCUGGAUGGACAUCAUAGUUGAGGCCACACAGGGAACCACCAACAGACUGCGCUUUCCGGUGUUGAUUCUGGAGCCCACGAAGGUUUACCAGCCGUCUUACGUAUCAAUUAACAAUGAAGCAGAAGAGAUGAAUGUCUCCAUCUGGCAUGUUUCUCCUGCUGAGACGAAAGGGAUCCACGAGUGGAACUUCACUCCAAACUCCAUCAAAGGCAUCAGCAUCAGUAAGUUUGAUGAGCGCUGCUGCUUUCUCUAUGUUCAUGACAACUCUGACGACUUCCAGAUCUACUUCUCCACCGAGGAGCAGUGUGGUCGGUUCUGCUCUAAGGUGAAAGAGAUGAUUUCUGACAGUACCGGGAACGCUGUGGAGCUGGAGGGGGAGGGAGACGGAGACACGCUGGAGUAUGAAUAUGACACCAAUGAGACGGGGGACAGGGUGGUGCUGGGGAGGGGUACUUAUGGCGUGGUGUAUGCGGGGAGGGACCUGAGCAACCAGGUCCGGAUCGCCAUCAAAGAGAUUCCUGAAAGAGACAGCAGGUACUCACAGCCGCUUCACGAAGAGAUCGCUCUCCAUAAGUACCUGAAGCACAGGAACAUCGUCCAGUAUUUGGGUUCUAUUUCUGAGAACGGCUUCAUCAAAAUCUUUAUGGAACAAGUGCCUGGAGGAAGCCUGUCUGCACUGCUACGUUCAAAAUGGGGCCCAUUGAAGGAGGCCACCAUCAUCUUUUACACCAGACAGAUUCUGGAGGGCCUGCGGUACCUUCACGAGAACCAGAUCGUCCACAGAGACAUUAAGGGAGAUAAUGUUUUGGUGAACACCUACAGCGGCGUCUUAAAAAUCUCCGACUUUGGAACCUCUAAACGUCUUGCUGGAGUGAACCCCUGCACUGAGACAUUCACAGGUACUUUACAGUACAUGGCUCCUGAAAUCAUUGACAAGGGUCCUCGAGGCUACGGAGCCCCAGCUGACAUCUGGUCUCUUGGCUGUACCAUUAUUGAAAUGGCUACUGGGAAACCUCCUUUCCACGAGCUUGGGGAGCCACAGGCUGCGAUGUUUAAGGUUGGCAUGUUUAAGAUCCGGCGUAUCAGACUACAUCCAUAAUGCAUCGGUGCCGGUGCAGCUGCAGGGCGAAGCGGCCGGCAGCAGCAGCAGCGAACACGGCUCCGUCAGUCCAGACUGCGACUCCAAGCAGGACAUUUUCUUUGACAAGAAGAGAAGCUCCGGAUCAGAGAACAGUCUCAAAUCACCCAGCUCUAAUUACCUGAGCGUUCCAGCCGAGACCUCCGUGUCAGAGGACUGCAGCGCCCCUCCCUCCCCUGAUGACAGGGACGGCGGUCUGUUCCUGCUGAAAAAGGACAGCGAGAGGCGGGCCAUCCUUUACAAGGUUCUGAACGAAGACCAGGAAAAGGUUAUCUCUAAUCUCAGAGAAAAUCACAUCCAGGGCAGCGAGGAGCUGCAGCUCUCUGCCGACCACAUCAAGCAGAUCAUCUGCAUCCUUCGGGACUUCAUCCACUCACCUGAGAGGCGGGUCAUGGCGGCCACCAUCUCCAAACUCAAGCUGGACCUGGACUUUGACUCCACCUCCAUCAAUCAGAUCCAGCUGGUGCUGUUUGGCUUCCAGGACUCGGUUAACAAAGUCCUACGGAAUCAUCACAUCAAACCUCACUGGAUGUUUGCCAUGGAUAACAUCAUUCGCCGAGCUGUGCAGGCUGCCAUCACCAUCCUAAUACCAGAACUGCAGACCCACUUUGGACCAGCGUCAGAGUGUGAGGGUGCAGAGAAGGAGGAUGAGGUGGAUGAGGAGGAGUCGGAUUUUUGUCCCGUUUUAACCACAAACUCGGACGACCCGGUGGUUACGGUUGACCCUGUUCACUCCGUUACCGUCCCUUUAAGCACUCACUCUCAGGACCAUCAUCGAUCUCAAUAUCAGCUCGGAGCUCAGCUCGCCCGACUGAAGCAGGAGACCAGCAGACUCCUGGAGGAGUUGCUGCAGAAGGAAAGGGAGUACCAGCAGGUCCUGAAGACCACGCUGCAGCAGAGGACUCACGACCUGGAGCUGGUCCGAGUCAGACACAGACCAGACAUUGGUCCCCCCUCCAUCCAUCACACCCCAGCGGACCACGAGCCAGACAAGCGGCUGACGGACUGGCUGAAGGAGCAGGGAGCGGACCCCAGCACCGUGGAGAAGUUUGUCCUGGAGGAAUACACACUGAGCGACAUUCUGAACGACGUUAGCAAAGACGACCUGCGCUGCCUGCAUCUACGGGGGGGCGUCCUUUGCCGGAUCUGGCGAGCUAUCCAGCGGCACAGAGAGCGAGGGCGGCUGGUGGGCGACCAGCACUCCAAAGAUGAUGAAUGAGUGCAGCAGACAUUGCAGGAGAACCUCGGCACAUUGCCGGCGCUGCGUGGCCUGUUGGUUUCUGUCUUUCAUGUCGUGAUUUUGCUUCCAGCACCCCGUCUGGACUGCUGGACUUCCUGCAGUUCCUAUGAAGCUGACCAAAGUGUUCUUCUGUGUGCAAUCAUUGCUCCAAACACAGUUCUAACCAAAGCCUGACCGCUUCCUGUGGAGGUUUCUUUUCAUUUUUUGCAUUGGUUGUAUUGAUCCAUCUGGGUUCUGCAGGCUCGGCUAAACUGUUGGUAUAAAACACUCACACUUUCAAAGUACGGAAAAAGUCAGUAAAAAUGGGCGUGGUCACUUUACAGUUGUCCACUUUGAGCUUUCUUCAUGGGAAAUAAAAAGUUUACAUAUAGGUUCAAUGAUGAUCACAAGUAGGAAAGUUUCUGGUCUAUAGAACCAUAUCCAAACGUGUUUGUGCGUUAGAACCACCAGAACUCAAAAACAUUUAGCAUGACGUCCUCUGGCGUUUAUUCUUGAAUGAAGCACCCAAAGCUGCUGAGGACAGGAGCAUGUAGAACAUGAGCAUCAGACAUGACAGUCAUUCAGUUCCAUAAUAUUUAUAAAGUCCAAUAUCACAGAAACAAUUGCCUCAUUGGGCUUCAUGCCAUGAAAAGAGACGGAUGGAAAAGAAAAUCUCCACAUGAACAGAAAGCAAAGAAUGACUGCAAUAAAUCCUCCAGUGAUAAAUGAUCUUCAAACUCAGCAGACCGGUUUCUUUUCAACCUCCUCUGUGGCUCUGAAAUCCGUCUUACCUGUUGGAUCAGCAGAAUUCUCUACUUUACCUGUUCAGAACCCGGUCACCACCUGCAGUAGCAGGUCAGACUGAAAACUUCUACAACACUAAAGGCCAGUGAGGGGGAAGAAGGUUUUUGUUUUAACCCCCCAAAUCCUGCAGACUGAACAAGGAACCUGUUAGUGCUGUGCACGUGAUACGUGCAUGCUCCUUGCUGCAGCCUGACUGUUGAAAUGAGACAGUGUAGUUCGUGUGGACGUCCUACAGACAAUUCCGUGUGCAUUCAGUGCACUUUCCAUGCUUGCCACUUUCACCAGCGUUUGCACAAUUCACCUGAAAUGCCUUCAGGAAAAUCCUCAUCCGUAAACUGAGAUCAAAACAAUUUUUCUUUCCAUGAUGGUUCAGACAUUCUUCUACAUUCUUUCCAUUGUUUACCUGCUGCCCUCACACCUGCAUAGAUCUACUUUAGUUAGAAGAACAAAAUGUUGUCUUUAAUCCACCAAAAAUGUGGAGACUUCAUCCACUCUGAAAACAGGAGAAAUAAAGAGAGAAGAUAACAUUUAUUCCUUUGGCUCUUUUCAAGAAUUCCUGCUUUUAUUUGCAUGUUGUUGCUUAAACUUGAUGCUGAACAGCAUUAAUUAAGUUAGAAAAAAUCCUAAUUUUAAUAUUGAUCUUUAAAACUAAAACGCUUUAAAGAAUUGGUUUAAGAAUCCUCAAUAGUUUUCCGCUGAAACUCUAAUAAAAUACAUUUAAAACAGUAACUAUGACCUGAUACAUGUCAACCCAAAAGAUCUGAGGCUCCAUUAGAAAAACUGUCAUUAUUGAGAUGAUUCCUAAACCUCCUUCAUGUUCUUCCUGAUGUGCAUUUGUUUUAAAUUUAUUUCUCUUUUUAUUUCGGCUCUUAUUGUUAUUUGUCAGCUAUUUAACAGCAAUAAACUUCACAUCAUAAACA